AUGGCAACUAUCAAACAACACCAUUCGCUCCUCCAUCGCCACCACAGCGAACGCUCGAAAGAGCAUGUUGGGCCUGGGCCGAACGUCUUCGAUGGAACCGACGCCGUCACUGCACACAAGAAAGUAGCAGUAUCACGGGUAGUUGAAGCCUACGACGCACUACGAGCGGAGAACCGCAGCAGUUCGCCCACGGCCGAACAGAGUACACCUGAGGACCCCUUCGCCUUUGAAUCACUGGUGGUUUCACUCCCCAACGGCGAGGUCCGUACGUUCAAGUACUUGCUCCGAAAAUGGGACUCCAAUCAGCACCCAGAUCCCGAAUUCGAAGAAGCGGUGACAUCCUGGCGGCCACAGUUCGAGGAAGCAGCAACCAAGCACUUUUUCCGGCGAAUAGCCCUGUGGAAUGAGUCUGAAGAGAUCAUGUUGGCGGCGAAGCAGCAGAAAGCCAUGGAGUUGAAGAAUGGAAGGAGAAGAGACCGCGCGAUUUCUAUGAGUAAGAUGUGGUCGAGGGAGCGAGGGCGUGCGCUGGAUAACGAGGGCAGUGUGAGGGAUGAGCUGAAGCAGGUUGCUACGAGAGAAGGUUUGGCGCAGCUGUUAUGGACGUUGUUGAACGACCAGACCCAACCUUUAUGUCCGGAGCUGUUCGAGGUGUGCAAGGAGGCUGUGAAGGCGAAGUAUAGUAUUCACACUAUUGGAGGGACGCAGUAG